AUCCCUGAUAAUGUGCUUUGCAACUUGCAAGUGCCAAUGCCAUCUCUCUCUCUCUCAUAUGUCUCAACUCAAUUGUGUGUGAAACACUGAAAAGGGCUUUCUUGCAUUUCAUUUUCUUCGCUAUGCACUUCACUUCUCUCUCUCUUUUGGGUUGCAUUGAAGCAUUUUUUUGUUUGAGAUUCUGAAGUGAGGAGCAAGAGCAACCUUCUUAAUUUAAUGCUUACUUUCGGAUUCAUUGUAUUGGUUGGUGACAAGCUGCAACUAUGAAGAGAUUGCUCUCUCGCUGUUUCCUUCUUCGGAUUACUGUGCUUCUUCUUCUUCUUCUGUUUAUGAACAAGUCUCAGGGCUCUCCAAUCAGAGUCGCAGAAUAUUCGUUUUCUAUCACUACUAAGGUUGAUGCGUUAUCUCCUGCCAUCUCUCCAAGUGCACAGCCACAGCCCUUUAUUCCUCUUAUAGCUCCUUCCCCGUUGAGACCUUUCACAAAUAAUUCUGUGCCUAAGUUAUCAGGUCUUUGUUCAUUGAAUUUCUCAGCUGCUCAAGAUAUAAUGACCACAACUGCUACUGAUUGCUGGACUUCCUUUGCUCCAUAUUUGGCAAAUGUUGUAUGUUGUCCUCAAUUUGAUGCUAUGCUGGUGACCCUCAUAGGGCAGUCUAGCAAAUACUCAGGGGUGCUAGCUUUGAACACUACUCACGCUAGUCACUGCCUUUCUGAUGUCCAGAAGGUCCUGGUCAGUCAAGGAGCAAAUGGGGACCUAAAAAAUAUAUGUUCAAUCCAUCGAACAAAUCUCACUGAAGCCUCUUGUCCUGUUGUUUUUGUUGACGAAUUUGAGAGUAUUGUAGACACUUCAAGACUUCUGACCGCUUGUAGAAAAAUUGAUCCUGUAAAUGAGUGUUGUGAUCAAGUUUGUCAAAAUGCCAUACAUUAUGCUGCUAGAAAAAUUGCCUUGAAUGAUUUGUCUAAUUCAGAUGGAAACCAUAGCUUGCCUGGGCCGACAGCUAGGAUCAAUGAUUGUAAGAAUAUUGUCCGUCGUUGGCUGGCUAGUAAACUUGAUCCAUCCACUGCAAAUAGUGUUUUUAGAGGACUCUCAAACUGCAACCUAAACAAAGAAUGCCCAUUGACCUUUCCAAAUGUCACAAGUGUUGUGAAAGAAUGCGGGAAUCUCAUAAAUAACCAAACUGCUUGUUGCAAAGCCAUCAAAAGUUAUGUGUCCUAUUUGCAAGAACAGAGCUUUGUAACCAAUCUGCAAGCCUUGAAAUGUGCUGUAUCACUUGGAAAGAAAUUGCAGAAAGAAAAUGUCUCCGGAAAUGUUUAUAAUCUUUGUCAUAUAAGCCUGAAGGACUUUUCUCUGCAAGUUGGAUUGCAAGAAUCUGGCUGCCUUUUGCCGAGUAUGCCUUCAGAUGCAGUAUUUGAUGAAACUACAGGGAUUGGAUUCAUUUGUGACCUUAAUGACAACAUUGUAGCUCCAUGGCCCACAACAUCGUAUCUGUUUCCAUCCUCAUGCAAUAGAUCUACAAAACUUCCAUCUCUUCCUACAGCGACAUCUUCACAAAAUAUGACCGCCCCUCACCCCCAAAACUACACACAAAACACACAGACACAAAAAAAAAGAAGAAAAUCAGUAACGACAGGAUGUGGAAGUUGGAGCAUGUCUUUACAUUAAUACCUUGGUUUUGCCUCUCCUCUUUACCUCUGUACUACUUCCCAGGAGGCUUCUUUAACCUUGGUGUUCUCUGUAUUUAAGUUGUUUUGGCUACAAGGGUUUACACAUAAGAUUGCAAUUCUUUUUCUAACGAAGGACUAAGUCCUUUUUCGUAUCCAAUCAUCCAAUAUGUUCAUAUUGUCAUUAGUUAAUGAGUAGAAGAAUCCUACUUUGCGAUAGCCUUUCUGGUAGCUUCUUAAUUGUAUUCUAUUACCAUAUCAUUGUUUCAAUAUUCUUUGAAAUUGUAAUAAGUUUUGUUUCCUUAUAAAGAAAUAGUAUAAAUAUAAAGAGGAUUAUCUAAGUUCUUUCUCUA